AUGCUUGCGUGGACACUGGAGGGCCGCCACGCGUCCUUCAGCGCCAGGCCAGCUAGUUUAGCUUCAAAAAUUUCGCUGAGGAAGCAUGCCUCGUUCACAUCCAACGAGCCGACGGCGAUUUUGGCGCUGUGGAUCUCCUGGAGCCGUCCGCUGCUUCAUUCACGGACGGUCCCCCCAGACGUGAUUGACAACUUCUUCCAGGACGUGACGCGUCUCGUUUCUCAAGGGGAGCCUGCUGUCAAGGCGCAUGGUCCAUGGGAUUUUAGCGAAGAGCAAGGGUGCGGAGACUUGGGAUACUGCGGUUGA